GCAAAAAUGGCUUCUCUUUUGUUAACAGUUUCACUUCUCUUUGCAGCUUUCUCUUAUCCUCUUGUAGAGGCUGCUUAUUAUAGUAAUAGUUACUACACCACCCCAAAACCAUUACUAAACCCAAUCGAUUCUUGCUGGCGUAGAAACCCUAACUGGGCAUCUAACCGCCGCGCUCUAGCCGAUUGCGCGGUUGGGUUCGGUAAAGCCGCAAUAGGGGGCAAAUACGGGUCAGUCUACGUGGUUACAAACCCAUCGGACAACCCUGAAAACCCUAGACCUGGAACCCUAAGGCACGCCGUGAUUCAAUCUAAACCGCUAUGGAUCACAUUCGCACGUGACAUGGUCAUAGUGUUGCAAAACGAGCUCAUCAUGAACAGCUACAAGACUAUCGACGGAAGAGGAGCCAAGGUGGAAAUCGCAUACGGGGCAUGCAUAACGGUCCAACAUGUGAACCAUAUCAUUAUACAUGGGAUAAGUAUCCAUGAUUGUAAACCGGGUAAGUCGGGUCGGGUGCGCAGCAGUCCGACCCAUAUUGGAAGUAGGAAAGGAUCGGACGGUGACGCAAUCGCCAUAUUUGAUUCUUCACAUAUUUGGAUCGAUCAUUGUUUCUUUUCUCGGUGUCAAGAUGGUUUGAUCGAUGUGCUUCAUGCUUCGACGGCCGUCACUAUUUCUAAUAAUUACUUCACACAGCACGAUAAAGUGAUGUUGCUCGGCCAUAAUGACAAUAAUGUGGAAGAUCGGAUUAUGCGAGUUACAAUUGCAUUCAACCAUUUUGGACCGGGUCUCAUUGAGAGAAUGCCUAGAGUGAGGCUAGGGUAUGCGCAUAUAGCUAACAAUAGAUACGAGAAGUGGCAAAUGUAUGCAAUCGGAGGAAGUGCUAAUCCAACUAUCUUCAGCGAAGGCAACUACUUCGUUGCUUCUGAUGACCCUAGCAAAAAACAGGUGACAAAGAGAAUAGAAAGCGGAUAUGAUUCGAAAAGGUGGAAAUGGAGAACAUCAAAAGACGUUUUCAAGAACGGAGCUUACUUCGUGCAGUCUGGAUACGGAACCGUCACGCCGUUGUACGGAAGAGCAGAGUGGUUUCCGGUGUCCCACGGCUCUCUCGUCCCUUCUCUCACUUCCUCCGCCGGCCCUCUCCGUUGCUACUCCGGCAGGACUUGCUGAUUAUUUAUAAUAUUCAUAAACAUGUUUUGUUUUUGUGUUUUGUGUUUUGCUUUCAACAUCGAGGCGGAAUUCCUGUAUCUGAGGUGUAUUCUGUGAAUUCUUCUUAC